CAGUACACUACAUAUACUACGUCUAUGGCGCCAUCUAGACAUCAGCGAGAAAAAAUAAAUCCUCGUUGGAUAUAUUUUGCCGGCCUUCUUCCCUUUGUAAUAGAUUUCAUCCUACUUUAAAUUACUUUAAAAAAAAUGGGGUAUAACCUGACCCAGGCAUAUCGUGCCGAGCAAGUUGGGACGUGGUUGCCAUGGAAACAAUUUCUACACAACAUGCACGACACGAGAACAACAGUGUAUACAUUAUUAAUUGUAGUGUUCCUGUGCGCUAAGUAAACCCGAACCCUUUAAUUAAAUGUGUAUUACAUAAAACAGCGACGUUCUACAAAUAAUAAAAGAUUGUGAUUUGAAAAAUUUACAAAGUUUUUAUAAAUAAUUAGGUAUAAUAUAAUUUUGUCAUCAUAGAUUUAGGAUCCUACUACUGUGUUAGGUGCAUGUACCUAUGUGCUAUGCUCUAUCCAAAUAUUAGCAGUAAAAGUGGCGUGUAGGGUCUCGUGGAAUCCGUAGUACAAGCUGUGACCAUGGCAGGCAGCAGUUAGAGCGGCCGCCGCCAUGAACCGGUACGUGGUGCUGCAGCAGCUCGGUGACGGCACGUACGGCUCCGUGGUGCUGGCGCAGCGCCGCGACUCCGGCGAGAAGGUAGCCAUCAAGCGCAUGAAGCGCAAGUACUACUCGUGGGACGAAGCCAUGAGCCUGCGCGAGGUCAAGUCGCUCAAGAAGCUGAACCACGCGAACAUUGUCAAGUUACGCGAAGUCAUUCGGGAAAACGACACACUGUACUUCGUAUUCGAGUACAUGCGAGGGAACCUGUAUCAGCUGAUACGCGACGCAGAGCGCGCCUUCCCCGAGCCAGUGUUGAGGAACAUCGUGUACCAGGUACUGCAGGGGCUGGCACACAUGCACAGGCACGGCUUCUUCCAUCGAGAUCUAAAACCAGAAAACUUGCUGUGUGCCGGGCCGGAACUCGUCAAGAUCGCCGACCUGGGGCUGGCGCGGGAGGUGCGCUCGCGGCCGCCGUACACGGACUACGUGUCGACGCGCUGGUACCGCGCGCCCGAAGUGCUCCUGCACGACACGCGCUACGGCGCGCCCAUCGACCUGUGGGCGCUGGGCUGCAUCAUGGCAGAGCUGUACACGUGCCGGCCGCUGUUCCCCGGCAACUCGGAGAUCGACCAGCUGCACAAGAUCUGCGCCGUGCUGGGCACGCCGGAGCGGGACGACUGGCCGGAGGGCUACGCGCUGGCCGAGGCGCUGCGCUUCCGCUUCCCGGCGAGCGCGGGCGUGCCGCUGGCGCGCGUGGUGCCGGCCGCGUCGCCGCCCGCGCUGGCGCUGCUGGCUGCGCUCAUGCGCUACCCGCCGCGGGACCGCCCCACCGCCCCUCAAGCGCUACGGUUUCCGUACUUUGCUGUAGGUGCUGCGCUAGUGUUGCCGCCGCCUGCUUCACGGGCAAGGAGAAGCGCAGCUCGCGUCGAUACGGAGGUGUCGGAGCACCCGCGGUCGCCGGCGGCGGCAGUGCCAUCUCAUGCAGUCCAGCCAGCGCCUCUGCGCGACCGUUUUGCUGAUAUCCUCGGCGGCGAGGUGGUCCACGAGGCGCCGCUGCGGCGCGUGGCGGGCGGGCGCAGCGUGGCGGCGGGCGGGCCGGCCCCGCUGCCCGCGCCGCCCGCGCUGGCCGCGCGCGCGCCGGGCGCCGCCGCCGCCGCCUACCUGAGCGCGGCGCGCUACGUCACCGGUUCACGAAUAGACACCUCGCUGUUUCGGCCGCUACCUCUACGAACUCAUAGAGAGACGACCGCCGUAGGCAGCGGCGCUACGCGUGUCGACUGGGCAGCUAAGUAUUUACGAUGAGCUUAGCUCGGCCUGUAACCUUAGCGACGACUCAGGUCCGGGUGCCUACCUCGCCAUAGGUGCGUAGAUGUGCCUCCCCGCCUACUUGAGGAAAAGCAAGGACUUGUACAUGUUGUGUCCAGUUAUAAACAACAAUGGUGUUGAAAUAGAUUUUUUUAUCCAUCAUAAAUGUAAUGGUGUGAUGUAAAUUAAAUCUUGCCCAUUUGUUCGCCA